CAUAAAUCACGCCAAACAUCUUCCACCAAAAAUAUAUCCACAACAGGGCAGCUGUGUGUUUCAAAUACGAUUGGCUCUGGUUUGCCAGCAGUCUCCAAAAAGAGGAAGAAAAUGGGAGCCAGCCACUCGUCUUCUUCAAAGUCAUCUCGUGUCCUUACCUUCAAUUCCUCAGCAUCAUGGAAGAUACAUUUUGAAGAAGCCAAAAGCACUGGCAAACUGAUGGUUAUCGAUUUCUCGGCUACAUGGUGUGGACCUUGCCGAUUCAUGGAACCCGUCAUUAAUGAGUUUGCUGAGAAAUAUACAGACGUGGAGUUCGUCAAGAUUGAUGUGGACGAGUUGUCGGAUGUGGCUCAAGAAUUUGGAGUGCAGGGAAUGCCAACAUUCUUACUGAUCAAGAGAGGAACAGAAGUUGAUAAAGUGGUGGGAGCCAAGAAGGAAGAACUCCAGAAGAAGAUCGAGGCUCACAGGAAAAAUUGGUGACUCUAGCCCAUGAUUAUGAACUAGCAAAAGGAGACGAGCAUGAAGCACGAGCAGAAUAAGACUCUGCCUAUGACUACUAAUUAAUCUCAAUAUAUUACGUUUAAAUAAGAUCGUGUCUUUGCUAUAUAUGUUGUAUCAAUAUAAAUAUCAAUAAUUAUUCGAGCCACCGAUUCAAGAAUA